AUGAAAACUCGUUUAGGAGUUAUUUUUAGCACCGAUUUUUUAAAUAGAUGGAAAAAAAGAUUUGUAGUUAUUCCUCUUACUAGCAAGAAAAUUGAGAAAAUUUACAAUUAUGAGGCUCUGACCCUAGUUAACGAUAUCAAAGGUAAAGCCUUAUUGGACCAAGUUCGCACUGUUAAUAAAUCUCGCUUGCUGAAAUAUGAAGGAGGAGUAGGAAAAUCAACUUUAAGCCAAGCCCUAGCUGUGGAGGGCAAAAAAAAGAAAUUAAAUCAAGUAAAAGAUAUUUGGCCGUUAAGUAAGAAUUAUGAUUUAAUAAUUAUUGAUGGCCCGGCACGAACUAGCACGGGAACUUUGGAAAUAGCCCAAAAAGCGGAUUUAGUAAUUCAGCCAACCGGAGCCAGCCGAGCAGAUUUGGUUCCAGCUGUAAAAGAAUUUAAUGGCUUGGUAAAAGCAGGAAUAAAUAAGAAAAAAUUAUUAUUCGUGCCAAUGCGUCUCUCUAACCAAACCGAAGCCCAAGUAAUUCAAGAGUAUUUAAAAAAAACAGAUUAUAAUUGUUCUCCUUUUUAUGUGAUGGAAAAAGCCAGUUAUAAACAAAUCCAAAAUGAGGGAAAAACUAUUAUGGAAGUUAGUUAUAAGAAUUUGCGAAAGCAAGCCCAAGAACUAAUUACUAGUUUAUUACCGAAAGCG